UGUUAAUUCCGUCGCAACAACAGCGUAGUAGACCAGUUGUUGCCUUUCCACUACCGCCGCUGCUGCUGCCUCCUUAUCAAUCCUUCCUUGCUUCCUCCUCCCCUCGCCUUCCUCGCCGGAGACACCACGGUAGCGAUGAUGAUGGCCAUUUCCUCUUCCCACCGCCUCUUCCCCUCCUCCUCCACUUCCGACGGCCACAAACCCUUCAGCAGAGGCACUUCUUUGAAUUUGCCCCGUUCCUCAUCUUCCUUCGACCCCAGAACGACGCAGGUGACCGUGAGGAGGGGACAAUCGCUCAGGAUUUUCGCCUCGGGCUCCACGCCCGGGCGGAGGCAAGUGGAGGUCGUGUACGAUCCGGAUGAAAGGUUAAAUAGAUUGGCAGAUGCAGUGGAUGACAACGCUGGGCUUUCUCGGCUGUCCCUCUUCUCACCUUGCAAGAUAAAUGUGUUUUUGAGGAUUACUGGUAAGCGCGCUGAUGGUUUUCAUGAUUUGGCCUCUCUGUUUCAUGUAAUCAGUUUAGGAGAUACUAUCAAGUUUUCCUUGUCACCCACUAAGACAAAGGAUCGCUUGUCAGCAAAUGUCCCAGGUGUUCCAGUGGAUGAAAGAAAUUUGAUAAUUAAGGCACUCAAUCUUUACAGAAAGAAAACUGGCACUGAUAACUACUUUUGGAUCCAUCUUGACAAGAAAGUUCCCACUGGUGCUGGUCUUGGAGGUGGAAGUAGUAAUGCUGCUACUGCACUGUGGGCUGCUAAUCAAUUUAGUGGUGGUCUUGCUACUGAAAAAGAGCUUCAAGAAUGGUCAGGUGAAAUUGGUUCUGAUGUUCCCUUUUUUUUCUCACAAGGAGCUGCAUAUUGUACUGGCAGAGGAGAGGUUGUUGAGGAUAUUCCACGUGCACUGCCAAUGGACUUGCCUAUGGUUCUUAUAAAGCCUCCAGAAGCUUGCUCUACAGCUGAAGUUUACAAGCGAUUCCGGCUAGACCAAACUAGUUCAAUUGACCCCUUGGUGUUACUUAGGGAGAUCAAUGAAAAUGGAAUAUCUCAAGAUGUUUGCAUCAAUGAUCUUGAGCCUCCUGCUUUUGAAGUACUCCCAUCUCUUAAACGGUUGAAAAAACGUGUGCUUACAGCUGGUCGAGGAGAGUACAAUGCUGUACUAAUGUCAGGAAGCGGAAGCACCAUUGUCGGCAUCGGAUCACCUGAACCUCCAUCAUUUGUCUACGAUGAUGAGGAAUACAAAGAUGUCUUUGUAUCAGAUGCAUGCUUCUUGACACGCGAAGAGAAUCAGUGGUACAAGGAACCAAGUUCGAUGAAUGCCUCAUUUAGCGACAGUACAGUUUCUGGAGUUGGACCAACCGCUGAAUGAUCUAUUUGAGAUAAUUGCUCUUUCUUUUCCUGAUCAAUUAGAUCUCGAUGAGAUUGAGCAUAUAUAGCACAUUGCUGAGGAUGAACCAGAAGAGGUUUGUUCAUGGCAGUGUUAUAGAGGUACCUUUGGAACAAUUGUAACUCGUCGAGUGAUUCUACUUUUAGUUAGCAAUAUUUGUACUGUUUUAUUGCAUGGCAUCUGAUACCUUUCAUCCAAUAAGUUAAUUGUAAGAUUACUAAAUCGUUCGUUGUUGAAAUUCAUGAAUUGAGUUAUGAGAUCGUAAUUUUUAAAAAAUGUGCU